AUGGCGGACAAAGCGAGAGAGCAGCAACUGCAUGACCUGUUCAGCAAGCUGGACAAAUUCCUGCAGAACGCACAGUACAAACGGGCACUUAAAAAGACUGAAGAAAUACUUCAAAUCUCCAAGGAGGAUGAAGACGCUCUUCGAUGCAAAGUGUACGCCCUCAUCCAGCUGUCCCAGUUUGAUGAGGCAGUCAAAGUUCUGAAGGGCAAAGUGGGCCAGCAGCUGAGUUUUGAAAAGGCAUACUGUUUAUACCGCUUGGGUCAUUAUCAGGAGGCUCUUGUGACAGUUGCCAAAGUCACUGAUGACAGGCGACAGGCCCGUCUUGAGCUUGAAGGACAGCUGCAUUAUGUCAUGGGUAACCAUCAGAAAGCUGUAAAAGUGUAUCAGGAGCUCAGAGAUAAGCUGAAGGUAGAGUCCAGCGACAUAAAGACCAACAUGAUUGCACCAGCUGUGGCUGGCAACAUGGCUAACGAGCUCAAAGGCAACUUGUCUGCAGCAACGCCAGGUGGAGAAGGCUUUGAGCUGGCUUUCAAUAAGGCGUGUGGCCUUCUGCAUACAGGCGAUGUGAAGGGUGCCCAGCAGCAGAUUGAAUUGGCACGCAGAGAAGGUGAGGAGAGCCUGUACAGUUAUGACUAUACAGAAGAGCAGGUUGAAGCUGAGCUGCUUCCUGUGAGUGUCCAGCUGGGGUAUGUGUCCAGCUUGCUGGGGGACCACAAGGCAGCUGUGGAAGCAUACACCCGGGCACUGGGUGUCAAGGGUGGUGAUGCUUCCUCACGAACAGUUGCAGAAAACAACAUGCUCUCUGAGACCAGCAGGUCACAGCCAGAGCAGCCACAGAGGAAGUUUACAGCACCUGCCCUGAAAAAGCUGGAGACCUCAAGCGAAGGCAUUGCCGGUGACAGACUGUCUUCCAUACAAAGGUGCACAAUUCUUUGCAAUCGUGCCAUUCUGUACAUAAAAACUGGCCGUGCAGAACAGGCCAAAGGUGUGAUUGCAUCGCUUGCCAAGGACUACCCCGACUCUGAGAUUGUGAAUAUCCUGAAAGCGACAGUUCUGGCAAGAGACAAAAAGAUAUCAGAAGCUCAUGAUCUGUUGAAGAAUUGCACUCUUCUGGGCAACAGAUCUACGCUCGAUCCUCUGCUCAUGCGUGUGCAACUGCUGGCAGCAAAUGGUCUGUCAGGUCAGGCUGCCAACCUGAUAGAUGAGGUUCCAACUGAAAGUACUAGGAAUCAGGGUGCUAUUGUGGCCACACAUGCGGCACUACUGGAGAGGUCUGGCGACCAAGCCCUGUGUGAAGAUCUUGUGUCAAAAGCCCUGACCUGGUGGAAUAACCAGGAUGCCUCGGAUGGAACGAGCAGAGCACGGUCUACCAGUGCUGCCUGGUGCUUGGACUAUCUGGCCAGGCUAAAGCUCAAGUCCGGGAGCAUUGAGGAAGCAGUAAAGUUGUACCAGGAGGUACUGGUUAAAGAGUUGGAGGAGGUGCAGCGAGCUGAGGUCAUGUCCAAGGUUUCCCGUGUGCUGGCUAUAACUGACCCAUGCACCAAUGCUACUCUGGAGUCUGGUCUGCCUGGCGUCCCUAAGACAGGUCCUGAUGAUGUGGACAAAUUGGAAUCUGGCGUGAAGGGCACCAGUGGGGAACGAAGGGGGGAGGAGUUGAAGAAACGUGCAAAUGAGGGAGAUGAUGCUGACAAGCCAAAGAAGAGGAGGAAGAGGAAGAUUCGUUUGCCCAAAAACUUCGAUCCUCAAAACCCUGGGCCAAUGCCAGAUCCUGAGCGCUGGCUACCUAAGUGGCAAAGGGCUGGCUACAAGAAACGUCGGCGCAGGAGAGAGGACCACAUGAAGGGCAGCCAGGGAGCUGGGAAAGUGGACGACACGCUGGAUCGAGCAAGGCAGCAGCCAGAGCCAAGCACUUCAUCGCGUUCACAGCCACGACAGCCUCCUCGGCCAGCAGGUGGCAGGCGUCGGGGUGGAAGGCGCAGCUAG